GACUUACCGAAACAAAGUUUAUCAGUUGGGCUGAUGAAAAAAAAUCUGCUAUAGAUUCUGUUGGAAUGCUGCUACCGAACAUCGAAGCUAAGAUAAUAGCAGAAGAUGGGCGAGAAAUGGGUUAUGAUGAUCCCGGAGAACUUUGCGUUCGAGGGCCUAGUGUAAUGAAGGGAUAUCUAAACGAUGAAUGUACAACCAAUAAAGCAUUUGAUAAAGAUGGAUUUUUAUAUAUGGGCGAUGUCGCUGUUAUGAAUAAACAAGGAAAUUUAGAUAUAACUGAUCGUCUUAAAGAAUUAAUUAAAUACACGGGUUUUCAGAUCGCACCUGCAGAGCUAGAAGAAAUUAUAAUUUCUCGUCCUGCAGUAUUAGAUGCUGCCGUGUUGGCGUUAACU